AGAGAGAGAGCGUGAGAGCCCCAAAGCGAGCGACAUGUCCCUGUGGGGAGCAGUGCCUCUGCACCCCGGAGUGAGGAGGACGCAAGGGUCAGAGGUGGCUGCAGGGCGGGCAGAGGAGGGACCUGCCAAGGGGGUGGACUGGCAGCCUGGUGGCCUGGGAACAGUCAGGAAAGGAAGCCAGCUGGUGACAAGAGAGCCCAGAGGCAUCUGGGGCUGCGUGGAGAGCCCGGAAGACUGCAGCCAUGCCUCACAGCUCCGACAGCAGCGACUCCAGCUUCAGCCGCUCUCCCCCUCCUGGCAAACAGGACUCAUCUGACGAUGUGAGGAAAGUUCAGAGGAGGGAGAAAAAUCGCAUUGCUGCCCAGAAGAGCCGACAGAGGCAGACGCAGAAAGCCGACACCCUACACUUGGAGAGUGAAGACCUGGAGAAACAGAACGCAGCUCUGCGCAAAGAGAUCAAGCAGCUCACAGAGGAGAUGAAGUACUUCACGUCGGUGCUCAGCAGCCACGAGCCCCUGUGCUCAGUGCUGGCCAGCAGCACACCCUCGCCCCCCGAGGUGGUGUACAGUGCUCACGCCUUCCAUCAGCCUCACGUCAGCUCCCCACGCUUCCAGCCCUGAGUUCUUCCAGAAGAGAGAGAGAGUGGAGUCACCACCAUCCCAGCCCCUGGCUGCCGGCAAGAGGGGCACACAGACUGUGGCCAGACUGCCCUCGCCCCUCAGAGGUCUCUGCACCUGGAGAUGGGGACACAGAGGCCUAGACAUGGACUGAAGCAGGAGUAAGUGAGGCCUCCCAGCAGGUGGCCGUCUGUCAGCAAGUGUAAAGGGCCCACGUGGACGGAAGACUCAGCCCAGAGCCGUGUCAGUGUUCACGCCCAAGACCCAAAGCACAGAGGGAGGAGGGUUAUUUUUCUAAAUAAAUGUCUUAAA